CGCACGCCAGCACGCCACGCCAUUGCUUUCACAAAAUGUUAAAAUGUUAAAUUUGUCAGCGGAAUUCUAUUUAACCUCGAAAUUAUAUAGUAGCGUAUCUUUGGAAGUAAGAAUCUUCUGUAAAUACAUUUUAUACGGAUUUGAUACAAUAUCAUACAUAUAUAAACAAAGAUCCUACUUCUGCUCACUUGACGUUUACGUUAGGAUUACCAAAUAGUGGUUACACAUAGUUGACGAUGGAAUCAUCAGCGUUACAACACGCAGAGAGUGUUUGCGUGAAGGUUGAGCCCUGUGAGGCUGUGUUUAUAACGGAUAAGCCAAUGUUUGAGGAAGUGUCCGUGAAAGCCGAGUCUUUGCUGGAUGAUGUGUGUGUAAAAGAGGAGUCGCUCGGCGGGAGCCCGGCGGACGCGGCGGUGAAGGUGUACGCCGAUCACGCCCUGAAAGAUGAGCCCGUUCUUGGCCCCGUGGUAGUGGACCGGCGCAGCGUGCGCCACGCCCCAACAGGGCAAACUCCACAGAAGAAAUCAAAUGGUGGACACGAAACUUACCAAUGCACCCACUGUAAAUAUACAACAGUUGAAAAACUAUGCUUAAUUAGGCAUUUAAGUAAGCAUACUAAUGAGAGGCCGUAUAAAUGUGACCAGUGUAGCUAUACUUGCAGCGGCAAGAGUAUUAUGGAAGUUCAUGUUAGGAAACACACUGGGGAUAAACCAUAUAAAUGUGACCAGUGUAGCUAUGCUUGCAGCUACAAGGGUACUAUGCAAGUUCAUGUAAGGACACAUACUGGUGAAAAAUCAUAUAAAUUUAACCAGUGUAGCUCCAAGAGUGCUAUGCAGGUUCAUGUUAGGAAAGACACUGAGGAAAAGCAAUAUAAAUGUGACCUGUGUAGAUUCGCUAGCAGCCAAAAAAGUAAUUUGCAACGUCAUGUAAGGAUACACACUAGUGAAAAGCCAUAUAAAUGUGACCAGUGUAGCUAUACUUGCCGCUUCAAAAGUAUUUUGCAAGUUCAUGUUAGGAAACACACUGGAGAAAAGCCAUAUAAAUGUGACCAGUGUAUCUAUACUUGCAGGUACAAGGGUACUAUGCAAGUUCAUGUUAGGAAACACACUGGAGAAAAGCCAUAUAAAUGUGACCACUGUAGCUAUGCUAGUAGAUCCAUGAGUACUUUGCAGGUUCAUGUUAGGAAACACACUCAGGAAAAGCCAUAUAAAUGUGACCAGUGUAGAUUCGCUAGUAGCCUAAUAACUAAUUUGCAACGUCAUGUAAUGAUACACACUAGUGAAAAGCCAUAUAAAUGUGACCAGUGUAGCUUCGCUAGCAGCCAAAUGAAUAAUUUGAAAGCUCAUGUCCGGACACACACUGGUGAAAAGCCAUAUAAAUGUGACCAGUGUAGCUAUGCUUCCAACCACAUGAGUAAUUUGAAAGUUCAUGUUAGGAAACACACUGGUGAAAAACCUUACAAAUGUGACUUGUGUAGUUAUGCUAGUGCCCACAAAGGUGCUUUUAAAAGACACAAAAAGCUACACAAUAGUUCGUCCCUUAUUUUGGGGCUUUAAAAAUAAUAACGACAACCCUCUAAAUAUAUUGAUACUACCCCAAAACACCCUGACUAAAAUUUUUCAGGUCAUGCCUGUAACGGGAACCCAAGUGCAAUUCGGUACUUGCAUCUAAAAUCCCCACACAAACCACUAUGAAGAAAUUUGUGGCUUUCCAUUUCAGAAUCCUUGUGCACAUGGAGCAGCUUAGGCAUGGAACAUCAUAUUUGGUUGACAGUAAAUUGGUAAUUUUUUAUUUGUUUUCUGUUCACAUCGAGAUUUUGUUGUGAAAUAAUAUUUAUACAGUAUAGCAGAUAUGCGUUCAUAUGAAAGAAGUUUUUAGCAAAAAUGUAUGGAUUCGUCAUGUCCGUCCGUAUGUCACAGCCACAUUUUUCCGAAACUAUAAGAACUAUACUGUUGAAACUUGGUAAGUAGAUGUAUUCUGUGAACCGCAUUAAGAUUUUCACACAAAAAUAGAAAAAAAAAACAAUACAUUUUUGGGGGUUCCCCAUACUUAGAACUGAACCUAUUCAGCCUCAUCGGAAACCGGGAAGUGGGUCAAAUUUAACUUGCAAGAUUUGUCCCAUAUAUAGUAACAGGGCAAGUUAAAUAAAAGCUUGUAAAAAAAGUUAAAACUAGACAAAAAGCGGCCAAUUGCGAGUCGGACUGCGCCCAUGAAGGGUUCCGUACCAUUUAUGACGUAUUAAAAAAAAACUACUUACUAGAUCUCGUUCAAACCAAUUUUCGGUGACAGUUUGCAUGGUAAUGUAUAUCAUAUAUUUUUUUUAGAUUUUUCAUUCUGUUAUUUUAGAAAUUACAGGGGGGGGGGACACAUUUUUUCACCUUGGAAGUGUCUCUCGCGCAAACUAAUCAGUUUAGAAAAAAAUGAUAUUAGAAACCUCAAUAUCAUUUUUAAAGACCUACACGCGUAUACCCCACACGUAUGGGUUUGACGAAAAAAGAUUUUUUGAGUUUCAGUUCUAAGUAUGGGGAACCCCCAAAAUUUAUUGUUUUUUUUUUCUAUUUUUGUGUACUUAAAAAACUUAAUGCGGUUCAUAGAAUACAUCUAUUACUCUAUAGUAAUGUACUAUUACUUACUAGUUCAUAGCAUAGGUAAUAAGUUUAGUUAUAAUUAAAACAGACUAUCUAUGUUAUUUGUUAUAACUUGCAACAUUAUUAUUGCUUACUUGGUUGGAAGUGCAAUUUAGAAAAUUUGUAAUAACUACUAUCUAAGUAAGAUAUUGUGAACAACAUGUAUUGCUACACUCUUUCCAGGGUCAUUUGUACCUAUGUAUUAUACUGGUAUGCAAAUAAAAAUCUCUAUGUCUAGAAUCUUCACCAAUGGUAGUAAAUAAAAAAUUAUUAAAACCACUUGCUGAUUCCGUGUUAUUCGGAAGAUAUCAACAUUUUAAAAUUAUACUCAGCUGCAUUGACAUAUGUAGUAUGUGUGAAAUGGAAUGUCUCUCUGGGGUGUGUUGUGUCUUGUGUAUUGUUGAGUUCCAAUAAAAUAAAUCUACAAAA